AAAGAAAAUAUGCGAAGAUGAACGAAGAAGAAAGAAUGAAAAUGAUGAUGAUGAUGAUGAUGAUGGAGGAUUAUCACAAAUAGUGGCCUCAUUGCAAUAAUUGCCAGAGCAAGGGAGAAACUUCUCUGCAGCAUUAGCUUAUGGGUGAAACAUCAGAGUGAAGACUGAAGUUUUGAGUGUAUAAUGCGCCAUGCCAAUCAAUAUACAGCAACGUAAUGGGUUGUUGAAACCUGAUGAAGACAUGGGAUUCAGUUUAGAGCUAAGAAAGAUCAACUCAAAACGGCAUAGCAGCUCAAAGACAGCUAAAGAAUGUUCUGCAUUGCCCCAAUCAAAUCGAAGUUUAAAGGAUGCAGAUAAGUUGAAGUCAAAGAGUGGUGUUGGUCCACAACACAAUGAUCUCAAACAAAAAGCAAAGCAGAAUGCAGAAGGGAGUGUUCAGAAUGUGAAGAGAAAUGCAACUGAAAGUGAUGAGCUUGUCAAGCACAUGUCUAAUUUGCCAGGUUAUCUCCUGCGUACUGAUAGAGUAGAAAACUCUCAAGAGAAGGCUUUCAAUGUUGGUGUUCUAGAUUGGUCUCGACUCGAGAAAUGGAAGCACAAGCACAAGCAUAUCCCAGUACUAGCGAGCAAUUUCACAUCAUUCAAUAGCAGUAAACCACCAUCAAGAACAGCCACCAAAUCAUGUACCAGUCUUGAUGAUAAAAAAGGUUUGCUUUCUUCAGAUAUCAGGCCAUCUUAUAGGGAAUGCCUUCCUGAAAGUACCAAACUUCCUUUUCAGAAUGUCAAACAAUUUGAAUCUUCUAAAAGUGGAACUAAGAGCAUUGGAGAUGAACGGAGAAUGACACCAAGGGAAUUUGAGUCCUUUGGCAAAACUCAUUCAGAUAUAUCGCUUGAAAAGAAGAGGAGGAAUGACUAUAGUAAAAGAACUUCACAAGUAAGGCACCACGGGGUCUCAUUUGUUCUUGAUGAACAUGCAAAUGGUAGGGAUGGUGGAGUUAAGAAGAACAUGGAGGGUUUGCAAGAGUAUAAUCACAAGAAAAAAGAGAGAAAUGAUGAGUCCAGGUCUUAUAUGGGACAGCCAUCAGUAAAAUCAAAUAACAAAGGGGUCACAUUCAGUUCUAAGAAAAUGAGUUCCAGUAACAGUGAAACUAGGAAAAAGGUGGAUCAGUUGCAGGAGUCAGAUUUUGACAUUGGUGGCAAACAUCACCAUAGCAAGCCAAGUAAUAUUGUGCUGCUUUAUCCCCAAGAAGUUCCCAAAUCAAGUUCUUCAGAGGAUUUUCGGCUUUCUGAAUUAAGAACAUCAUCUGAUGAAAAAUUUUCAGAAUCAAGCCAAAGUAGUUUGUCAUACGUUUCCCUUCCUGAUGAGGUUUACCCUGAAGAUGGAUGUUCUGAAAUCCCACUUUCAUGUCCACUGCCGCGAUCCAUGGUUGAGCUUGCUUCUUCUUCAGAAACAAUGCGACACAGCAUAGAUGCUGAUCUGGGUAUAGAUCGUUCUUCUAUUGUGUCUGAGACACCUGCUUCCAUAAAAAAUAAGAUGUCUACUCUGCAUUCUAUAGAUGCUUGCUUUGGAAAGUAUGUUGUAGACACUAAGCUGAAAAAUCAGUGUGUUUUCAGUAAUUUGAAGGAAUCACUGGACCAAGAAACCGCUGAGCUGACAGCUCAGAAGGAAAUGACUCCAUCCCACAACCGUAGGUUUAGCUUCAGCUUAAGUCGGAUUGGAAGAAGUUUCAGUUUCAAAGAGGGUUCCACCCUUCCACAAGUUAGCUCUAUGUAUGUUAGUGCAAAGUCUGGUCCAGUGACACCUCAAUCUUCUGGUCGUUGGGAUAAUCCAAUCAAAGAAAAAGCAAAUAGUCAUAACAGAACCAAAUCCAGCCCAUUGCGGAGGUUAUUAGACCCUAUAUUGAAGCAUAAGGCAUCAGACACAAACCAUUCAGCUGAAAGCAGUCAUAAGCGAAAGGGAAGCAUGAAUUCAAUCAGCUUCAGGACAAGCAGUGUCAAUGUCAAUGAAUCACUGAAUACAGAAAAGAGCAUGGGGUCAUCAAUUCAAGGCCUCUUGCAGCUUACAAUAAAAAAUGGAGUGCCUUUGUUUAAAUUUGUGCUCAACAAUGAAAGAAAGAUUUUUGUAGCUACCAGGAAUAGCUUGGCAUCAUCACAGGAGAAGGAUGAUUUAGGCUGCUGUUUUACAUUUUACCUGGUUAAUGAAAUUAAGAAAAAGAGUGGUGGAUGGAUAAGUCAUGGAAGUAAAGAAAAAAGCUGUGGCUAUGCCUACAAUAUUGUUGCUCAGAUGAAGUUUUCUUGCUCUAAAAUCACUGAACCAAUCAAUCAGAACUCCAAGAGACAUCUUAUGGUUAAAGAAUAUGUCCUAUUGGGUGUUGAAAUUGGCCAGCCUGAUCAAGGACCACCAAAGUUCAUCCAGAGCAAAGAGCUUGGAGCUGUUGUUAUUGAGACCCCAUGUGAAAGCUUAAGCAGUGAAGGACUGUAUAGUGAUACGAAUUUCCUGAAGAAAGGAUGCUUGGAGUGCUUGUCAGACGAAGGAUGCUUGUGCAUUUCUGGAGAAAACGAUAUCUCCGGUAGCAGUACCGUUAUACUUCCAGGUGGUGUACAUGGUUCACCAAACAAAGGUGAACCUUCACCAUUGAUCUAUCGAUGGAAAACUGGGGGAUCAUGUGAUUGUGGGGGUUGGGACAUUGGUUGCAAACUGCUUGUGCUCUCCAACCAGAAGCAAGGUUCAAAUAUUCCAAAAAGUUUUAAAUCAUACCAUGAUGGUUUUCAACUUUUUGUUCAGGAAGGAGGUGAGCAAGACACACCCCAUUUCACUUUGUUGCCACUGAAGGAUGAUGAAUUUUACUCAGUUGAAUUCAAUUCAGCAAUCAGUCAUUUACAGGCAUUCUUCAUUUCUGUUGCUAUUUUAAGCUGCCAAAAACUACCAGGUUCUUUGGAAAUGGGUAGCAUGCAUGAAAAGAACCUUAAGGAAUCCAGUUCCAAGAACAGCAGACUUCAGGGGAAAGCACCAGUAAAAUAUACUCCAAUUCCACCACUCUCUCCUGCUGGCAGAGUUUAA